UCCAUUGAAGAUGGUCACGACAUGCUCUCCAAAGAAAACAACCAAAAUAUCAAACAUUAAUUAAUCAUAAACAUUCUGAUUAGUGUUAAUUAAUCGCAACAAGACGCCACCUUCUAUUCAAAAAUUGAGAAAGCGUCAUCGCCCCAACACGCACCUAACCAACACGUCCCAAUUAAAUCAUUCCACGUGUCAAAUGCUUCUUCCCGGUCACAGCUUUUUCUAACUUACGUGGGAUCUUACACUUACGCUGGUUAAAUCUCUCUCUCUCUCUCUCUCUCUCUCUCUCUCUCUCUCUCUCUCUCCGUGUAGCUCUUUCUUCCAACGUCGUCGUUUAACGGUUUCACCGAUCCAACCGUCACCGAUCCCGGAGAAUCGAACUCGAACGAGAAAUCAAAACAUUCAAGAAAUCGGAGAACAACAAUUACGACUACCGCCAAUGCUGAAUUCGAAUUUCGAAUCCUAAUUCCAUUCAAAAACAACGCCGGACAGUGCAGUGGAACCGACGGUUCCAUCAUCUUCCGUCUCCGUCACCGUCACCGUCACCGGCGAUGGUUUAUAAGUUUUCUUAGCUAGCAAUCGAUCUCGCCAAAGCAGAAAUUCUCCUUCUCCAGCUUCCGCCAGCAUCACUUCCAAUUUGUUCUCGUUUUCUUUUCCGUCGAAGUUUGAAAUUCGUGUUCCAGUUAAACGAUGUCGUCUAAGGUCGUGUAUGAAGGUUGGAUGGUGAGGUAUGGCCGCCGGAAAAUCGGUCGAUCGUUCAUCCACAUGAGGUACUUCGUUUUGGAGUCGCGAUUACUUGCUUAUUACAAGAGAAAACCGCAGGAUAAUCAGGUUCCUAUUAAGACACUGCUAAUUGAUGGAAACUGUAGAGUGGAGGAUAGAGGAUUGAAGACCCAUCAUGGACAUAUGGUAUAUGUUUUGUCUGUUUACAACAAGAAAGAAAAGAACCAUCGGAUUAUGAUGGCUGCUUUUAACAUCCAAGAAGCCCUACUCUGGAAAGAAAAAAUUGAGUAUGUCAUUGAUCAGCAUCAGGGGGCACAACCAUCAAAUGGCAACAAAUAUAUUUCUUUUGAAUACAAAUCUGGGAUGGACAACGGGAAGACGGCUUCUUCCUCAGACCGUGAAAGCCAGUUCAGUGCUCAAGAGGAUGAUGAUGAGCCACAUUCAAAUUUGUUAAGGAGGACAACAAUUGGAAAUGGGCCUCCGGAAUCAAUUUUUGACUGGACGCGAGAAAUAGAUUCAGAAUUGUCAAAUCAGAAUGUCAAUAACCAAGCUUUCUCAAGGAAGCAUUGGCGUCUUUUGCAAUGCCAAGAUGGACUUCGUAUUUUUGAAGAACUUCUUGAAGUUGAUUACCUUCCAAGGAGCUAUAGCAGAGCGAUGAAGGCAGUGGGUGUUGUGGAGGCCUCUUGUGAAGAAAUUUUUGAGCUUGUGAUGAGCAUGGAUGGGACACGGUUUGAAUGGGAUUGCAGUUUCCAGGAAGGUAGGUUAGUUGAGGAGGUGGAUGGGCAUACAGCAAUUCUUUAUCACCGACUUCAGUUGGACUGGUUCCCCAUGUUUGUGUGGCCCCGUGAUCUUUGUUAUGUACGUUAUUGGCGUCGAAAUGAUGAUGGAAGUUAUGUUGUUUUAUUUCGCUCUAGAGAACACGAGAACUGUGGUCCACAACCAGGGUGUGUUCGGGCACAUAUUGAGAGUGGAGGAUAUAAUAUCUCCCCCUUAAAACCUCGAAAUGGGAGGCCUAGGACACAAGUUCAGCAUCUUAUGCAGAUUGAUCUGAAGGGUUGGGGUGUGAGUUAUAUACCGUCUUUCCAGCAGCAUUGUCUCCGCCAACUGUUAAAUAGUGUAGCUGGUUUACGUGAAUGGUUUGCCCAGUCAGAUGAAAGGAAUGCUCCUCCACGAAUUCCUGUCAUGGUUAAUAUGUUCUCAACAUCUGUUACUUCAAAGAAGAAUCAAAAGACAAAUGAUACUUCUGUUAAUUCUACUUCUCUCGAUCAAAAUGCUGCAAGCAGAAAUUCUGUUUUGAUGGAUGAUUAUUCUGAUGAAGAUGAGGAUUUUCAAAUAGCAGAACCAGAGCAAGAGGCAUCCCAAACUGGUCUUGACAGUGAUGUUAGAAAAACAGCCUUGGAUGAAGAGCCUGAUGAUGAGAUUGACUUAUCUUCCUUUUCGGGUAAUUUACGCCGAGAUGAUCGUGAUAAUGCUCGGGAUUGCUGGAAGAUAUCUGAUGGAAAUAACUUUAGAGUCAGAAGCAAGCAUUUUUGCUAUGACAAGUCAAAGGUUCCUGCAGGAAAACAUCUGCUGGAUCUUGUUGCUGUUGACUGGUUUAGGGACUCAAAAAGAAUGGACCAUGUGGCUAAGCGUCAUGGUUGUGCAGCACAAGUUGCGUCUGAAAAGGGAUUUUUCUCCAUUAUCAUUAACCUUCAGGUGCCAGCGUCAUCACAUUACAGUAUGGUAUUUUAUUUUGUGACCAAAGAGUUAGUUCCUGGAACACUCUUGCAACGCUUUGUUGAUGGUGAUGAUGAAUUCCGAAACAGCAGGUUGAAGCUCAUCCCAUCAGUCCCAAAGGGUUCAUGGAUUGUACGCCAAAGUGUUGGGAGCACUCCUUGUUUACUAGGAAAGGCAGUUGAUUGCAACUAUAUUCGUGGUCCGAAGUAUUUAGAAAUUGAUGUUGAUAUUGGUUCUUCUACUGUUGCUAAUGGAGUUUUGGGGCUAGUUACUGGUGUGAUUACAACAUUGGUGGUUGAUAUGGCUUUUCUUGUACAGGCAAAUACUGCUGAUGAGUUGCCCGAGAGGCUUAUUGGAGCUGUUCGAGUUUCUCAUUUAGAGCUCAAAUCUGCCAUAGUACCAAAACUGGAUUCAGAUCCAUCAUGACAGACCAAAUCUUUUCUAUUGUUCUUUUAUACAAAAUCAUUUGUUUGCAAUUUGCUCUUGUAUCAUUUUUCACUCUACUGGGAUGUAGGUUCAUUGUUUUCUUAUUGGUUCUUUCUAUGAAAAUAUCAAAAGGAAAUUUUUUUUCUCUUA